AUGGCAGGUAAAAAUAUAUCCGCAGCUGAUUUUGCUGCAAAGUCCUACGAUUAUGUGAUUGUUGGUGGAGGUACUGCUGGGCUUGUUGUCGCCGCUCGGUUGUCCGAAAAUCCAGCUAUUUCUGUUGGCGUGAUUGAGUCUGGCAUUGAUAGAAGCGACGACAUUCUUAUUCGCGCUCCAUUACUUCAUACAGAGCUGUACGAGAAGCCAGAAUACGAUUGGCUCUACAAGACAGUCCCUCAGGGCAAAAAUGGAAAAGUGCAUGCCUGGCCACGCGGAAAGGUCCUUGGUGGCUCAAGUACCAUCAACUUUAGUAUGCUAGCAAAACCAUCCAAGGGAUGCAUUGACAACUGGGCUGCUCUUGGAAACCCUGGCUGGGACUGGGAAGGAAUGUUACCGUACUAUCGCAAGUUCAUGACGCUUAAUCCUCCUCCAGUAGAUACCGCCAAACACUUGGACACCACUCGAAUGCAGAAAUGGAUCGGCAACGGCAACGGGCCAAUUCAGGCUUCAUGGCCGCCUCUGGAGUACCUGAACACUCAACAGCAAAUUGGCCCAGAUCUCGGCACAGCCCUUGGCCUUCGAGAUCCAAGUGCCGAUAUUGGUGCUUCCACUGGAUAUUAUGACCAAGCGCUUUCGGUUGACAUGAAGAAAGGCCGGCGGAGCUCGGCUGUCUACGAGUACUAUCAUCCGAAUGCUCAACGAAACAACCUUUCGUUGAUCAUGGAUGCUAUGGCACAACGCAUUGUGUUUAGUGUCAAUGAUGCAAAUGGGGACAAUGUCGCAUCAGGUGUCGAAUUUCUUGUCGACGGCAAGAAAUACAGUGUCGGAGCAAAGAAGGAAGUCAUUCUGUGCGCCGGUACCAUCGGAUCCCCCCAACUUCUUGAGCUUUCUGGGAUCGGUGAUAAAUCGAUUCUUGAGAAGUACGGCAUCAAUUGUCUUGUUGAUAAUCCAAAUGUCGGUGAAAAUCUUCAGGACCAUCUUAUGUCCGGUAUUGCGUAUGAAGUUGUUCCUGGGGUUGCAACAAUCGAGGAUCUCAAGAAAACAGGCAUUAUGGAGAUGUUGAUUGGUGAGUAUGUCAAAGCUCCCAUUGGCCUACUCGUCAAUCAGAUGACUAGCUCCAUCUUUUCGUCCUACUCCGAUGUUGUCGAAGACAAGUCUAAGCUCAAAGAGAAGGUUGAGGCAAUUGUUCCUUCGUCACAGACAUCAAACGACUCGGCGAAGGCUAAGGCAAUGAAAAUCCACAAGGACAGGCUUCUCGACCCAGAAGCCUGCUCGGUUUGGUUCAUUACUCUUCCGGGUGGAACAGACCUCCGUAACGCCAGUCAUGGGUCUGGCAUUUUCGAGCACAAAGAUCCUGGAAACUAUCUGUCCAUGGCAGUCGGUCUUAGCCAUCCCAUGUCGCGAGGGUGCACGCAUAUCCAGUCUGCAGACGCCAAUGUCAAACCUUUGAUGGAUCCCCGCUAUCUUUCCCAUCCAGCCGACAUUGCACUUCUUGCUGAUGGUUUGCGAUAUCUCGAUUCUAAGCUCAUCCACGUCGAACCGCUUGCAUCGAAAGUCAAGGACGGUCCAAAUGGGACCAAGAAGAAGAUGCCUUCGUACGAAACCUUCCAUCCCGAGAAAGCGGAAGAGCAUGUGCAAAACUAUCUUUCGACUCAAUGGCACAUCAUGAGUUCUUGCUCCAUGUUGCCAAAGGAAGACGGUGGUGUGGUUGAUCACAAUCUAAAGGUUUACGGAACAUCAAACCUGCGUGUCGUCGAUGCUAGUAUUAUUCCCAUGGAGGUACAGGCAAAUAUUCAGACUUCGGUGUAUGCUGUAGCAGAAAAGGCAGCGGAUCUGAUCAAGGCGUCACAGUAG